AUGGCAUUAGCUGUAUCACCUCCGCCGCGACAAAAUAACUCAGACUCAAAAUGCGAAAAGUGUUGGCAUGUGUUUGAUGUGAUUCAAAAGUACUUUGUGGAAAUAGCUUUAUUUUUCUUUUUUCUGUCAAGGCAUAUGACACUGCCUUUAUUCCAGGAAUAUGUUACCAAUGAAAUAUAUUUAAAACAUAAUGUUAAGUUCCUAGCCCAAGACUAUUACAGCUCUGCCAAUUUAAGUGUGUCAACAAGAGAGGCAGAACAUGACAGUGCCUUGUCUAUACUGGGUUUACAGAUUGCUGAAGGUCUGCCAGCUGUAAUAACUGUGGUAAUACUUGGAGCUGUCAGUGAUAGAACUGGACGAAGAAGAAUAAUGUUAUGGCUGCCAUGUUUAGGAAGUGUGUUAUAUUGUCUAAUCUAUGUUCUUAUCAUGUAUACUGGCUACAACAUCGAUGGUUUGUUCAUGGCUUCGGCAUUCCGAGGCCUGAGUGGCAGUAUGACAGCAUUUUUAGCUGGAGCCACAUACUUUGGAAUCAACUCAGUCAAACCUCAAGAACGAGUUGCCAGAUUGUCUAUUCAAGAAUUUCUAAAUGGUGGGGCUUAUGCUUUGGCAAAUAUAAUGGUUGGCUUUUGGGUAAAAGACAGUGGAUUCUUGGAGCCAUAUUGGUUUGCCCUUAUCUGUGCUCUGAUUUCAUUCUUAAUUUGCUAUUUCCUCAUUCAAGAACUGCCAGUGGAAAGAGAAUCUCCAAAUCGACGAAGAAAUACUGGAAAUCUACUCAAAGACACAUUUGGUCCAAUAGUUAAGUAUUUCAGAUGUGGGCAAGAUAAAUCAUUGAUCAAAAUUUGGCUGGCUACACUGGCUUUUCAAACCUACGCACUGGUUCAUAUUGGGCAAGAGAAUACAAUUGUUAUGUACUUAAGUGGUCAGACAUAUCUUCACAAGACAAAAUACGAUAUGUCAGGAAUAUCUGUAUCAAUUGGGGUGUUUUUAUCAGUUAUUAUGGUAGUCGCAGGUCUGGCCACAGCUUUAACUCCUGCAGUAUUUAAAAAGUUCUUAUCUGAAAGUAGUAUUGUAAUGGUUGGAUUAACAUCAAAGGCUUUGGGAACUUUAUGGAUUGCUCUGAUACGUAAUGAAACAGCACUAUAUUUUGCUAUAUUACUGUUAGCAUUUGAGUUAUUACCAUUUCCUAUGUUACGUUCUAUAGUUUCAAGAGACAUAGCUCCAGCAGACCAAGGUUCUCUAUUUGCACUGAUGCAUUGUGGAGAGAGUAUAAUAUUUUUUCUGGGUCCGUUGAUGUUUAUGGCUAUAUUUGCUAAUACUCUACAUUAUUAUAAAGCUUUAGUAUUGAUUGUAUCAAUCAUAAUGCUAAUUUUACCUUUUUGUUUCACACUGUGUCUGAAGUUUUUUACCUUUAAGAAGCCAGAAGAUUAUGAACGUAUGGAAGAACCAGAGGUAACAAAUUCAACAGAAGUCAACCGUGAACCAUCAGAACUGUCAACACUAGCUUCAGAACCAAUCUCAUUUAUACAAUUAAGUACAAAUACUUAA